UACGCGCGGAGAGGCACAGCGACACACGGACAACCGGGGUCAUUUCGCUAAAAUACAAGCCCACUACUACCGCCAACAGCUACACCAACAGAUCAUAUAGUCAAACGAACGUACAUUUUCUUCAUAUAAGUAUUUCGUUCCUUUUUUAAGGUACACUCAGGGCGCACAAUGGCAGAAAAUAUAGACAUGGAGGGGAAGGCAUCCAACGGAGAAGCACAUCUUGAUGAGCCAGUAGCCAACGGACUCCGCCACAAGAAGUGUUCCAACGAGAAAACCGUGGAGAAAAUAAAGAGGUUAGUCAUGGCCAACUUGCUAGUGAUUCUCACAGUGGCCGGGGUGAUCAUCGGGGUGUUCAUCGGACUUGGCGUGCGCCACAUGGAGCUGAGCAGGACACAGAUCCUCUACGUGGGCUUCCCCGGCGAGCUGCUCAUCCGGCUGUUGAAAAUGAUCAUCAUCCCCCUGGUCGUGUGCAGCCUGGUGUCCGGGGCGGCCAGCAUCGACCCCAAAGCCCUGGGCAAGCUGGGCGGCUGGGCGAUGAUUUUCUUUUUGGUCACCACUUUAAUUGCAUCAGCCAUCGGGGUGAUCAUGGCGUUCAUCAUCUCCCCCGGAUCAAACACCGGCUCCAAGCCGAUUUUAUCGGAUGACGGCGAGCUGCCCCAGGCCAAAGAAGUGGUGGACUCCUUCUUGGACCUGAUCAGAAACAUCUUCCCCUCCAACUUGGUGUCUGCUGCCUUUCAGUCUUACGCUACCAGUUACAAGUUUGUGACCAAGAAUGGCUCUAAUGGCUUGCCCAGCAUCACAGUUGAGAAGGUUCCCUUUGGCACGGACCAGGACGGUAUGAACAUCCUAGGACUGGUGGUGUUUGCCAUAGUGUUUGGUAUCGCCCUGAGGAAGUUGGGAGAGGAGGGAGAGAUCCUCAUCAAGUUCUUCAACUCCUUCAACGAGGCCACCAUGGUGCUGGUGUCCUGGAUCAUGUGGUAUGCUCCCCUUGGAAUCAUGUUCUUGGUAGCAGGGAAGAUCGUGGAGAUGGAGGACGUGGGCACGCUGUUUGCCAGCCUGGGCAAGUACAUCGCCUGCUGUAUCGUCGGCCACGCCAUCCACGGCCUGCUGGUCCUGCCGGGCAUCUACUUUAUCAUCACCCGCAAGAACCCCUACACCUUCCUGUGGGGCAUCUUCACCGCUCUGGCCACAGGCUUUGGGACCAGCUCCAGCUCUGCCACCCUGCCCCUGAUGAUGAAGUGCGUGGAGGAGAACAAUGGCGUGUCCAAGCACAUCAGUCGUUUCAUCCUGCCCAUCGGGGCCACGGUGAACAUGGACGGUGCAGCGCUCUUCCAGUGUGUGGCGGCCGUCUUCAUCGCUCAGCUCAACAACAUCCCGCUCAACUUCAUCCAAGUCUUCACCAUCCUAGUGACAGCCACAGCGUCCAGUGUGGGAGCAGCAGGGAUCCCCGCGGGGGGCGUGCUGACGCUGGCCAUCAUCCUGGAGGCAGUGGGACUGCCCACCAGCGACAUCUCCCUCAUCCUCGCCGUCGACUGGCUCGUUGACCGUACCUGCACCAUUCUGAACGUGGAGGGCGACGCCUACGGAGCCGGGCUGCUGCAGUGGUACGUGGACCGCUCUGACAAGCCCGGGAAGGGGCCGGAGCUAAGCGAGGUGAAGACGGUGGAUGGCACGCCCGCCGUGCCGGAGCACUCGCCCCUCAUCGAGGAGAAGGAGAGCAGGGUUGCGGGCGAGGAGACGGCGGCGGCGGCUCGCGGCUCUGAGAAAGAGUCGGUCAUGUAGAUGGUUCGCUGCCGGGCCUUUUUAGACUUCCAUUUAAAGACGAUUCCUCUCCUUGUGUCUUCUCUCUUUCUAAGCGAGACUGAGAGAUCCAGGUAGGGGGGGGGUAGGGGGUAAAGGAGCGCGUGAACAGAGGCUGUUCAGUUUUGAAAGUGACAGUGUUUUUUUUAAGGACUCUAGAUUGGAAUCCUUUGAAUGCUGAUUUCGUUCAGAAGAGCUGGCCCUGACUUCCUUUCUCUUGUAAAUAUUUAUAACAGUAACCAGCCUUGAAAAGGCAAAUAUCUCCAUGUUUUCUAUAUCAUAGCCGCAUGUACAGUUUGUUUCUCUGUGUGAAGUAGCCUGCACAAAUUCUCACUGUACUCUGUGAGAGUAGAUGAUGAAAAUUCCAAAGUUAUCACACAAGAUCCUCUGUACUGUAUGAUGUACCAAAUUAAGUUAAAUCCUAAAUUAUGUUCCACUGCUGGAAAAAGGACUUUUCUCACACAAGAACUGUGGCUCUGCUCAAUGCUUCUAAUCUGUAGCUUUUUAAAAAUCCCAAACAGUGUCAUUUCAGUUAGUCAGUCUGGGGCUGGCGUCCAUGCCAAGCACAAGAGGGUUUGCACAGUCCAAAUGUUCUCACAAUGGUUUUACAACGUUAAAAGAAUGUGUGAGAGGUGUUGCAAUAGAGAGCCUAUUAAAUUACUAGAGGGGCAAUGUCAUUGCUCCAGAAUGGGACAAAAUGGCAGCCAUCUUGGUCAGGGAGAAAUCCAAAAACAGUCAUUGGAAUGAAUGGCAGUAGAGGCAUAGGUGAUGCAUUUCCUGCUUUUACUUAAGCAGGGGGGGAAGUAAGGCAUGUGAUGCAUCAUCAAUUGUGCUAUAGAAAUACUGAUUUGAGCUCGUGUAUGGCUGUGGAUUGACUGCAUUGUUUGAAUAGGAAUGUUGGCAUAUUAGCAGUUAAUUUGAAAAAAUGUAUAGAAUCAUUCCUCAAACUGUCUGGCUAGCUAGCUAAUACACACAUGGAGUGCAGAUCAAUUAUUUUUGUUUUACACUAUAUUAUCACAGCACUGGCAAACCAUGAAGGCAAAAAGUGUAAAAAAUGAUGAAAUUCUUUUUGUCUCUAUGACAAAGGUGUAUCUUUUAAAGCAAGGGUUAUUGACUGUAGGCCAUUUAUCAAUUUGUGUUUAUUUCAUUGCUUUUUUAAUGACCUCUUUUUUUUAUAUGUAUUUCUUGAAUCAGAUAUACUUCAAAGCAGACGAGGCCAGUGGCUGAGUAGGAACAUACUCGUCAGCCUCUUUUUGGGUCAGUUCUACUGUUUUAAGUUGUCUCCAAACUGGCUUCCCUUCAUCAAGUGAAGAAUGUACCUUACCAAAAUCAUGAA